AUGUCACUGAUACUGUGGUUGAGUGUGGCAGUAUUCAUUUGCUGCGUUCACGCUUCGGCUGAGAUUUGCUCCAUUUGCAAUUGCAAAGGUGGUAUAGUGGAUUGCUCAAAACAAGGAUUAGAAAAUCAUUUUAAUGACAGCUCUUGGUCAGGAAUAAUUCAAGUUGAUUCCAUCGUUUUGGACUUCAAUAAGAUCAUCCAUCUAAAGGCUUUUCCACUUCUUGGGACAACAAAAUUGUCAAUUAGGCAUAAUUAUAUAACCAAAAUUGACGAUGCUGCCUUUAGGUUCGUGACAAAUUUGACGGAACUCGAUUUGAGUUACAACCAUUUGACUUCAGCAGCUUUCUCUCCACAUAUAUUUAAGGGAAAUUAUUCACCACAGUACUAUCAACCGCUGAAUAUCACUAUUCUUCGUUUAAGCGGCAACAUGAUCCAUUCUCUGAGAAACGAUAUAUUUGAGCAUUUGCCUAAUCUCAGGGUUUUAUCCAUUGAUUCUAAUCCCCUUAAAACCAUUGAUACGUCAACAGCGAUUGCCAUUUCUUCAAUUUACCAUUUGGAAGUACUUGAUAUAUCCAGCGCCCAGUUGAAAAGUCUUCCACCAACGAUGCUUCACGGUCCCAUGUACCUUAAAGUACUGAAUUUAUCUAAUAAUUUCUUCACUGAUGUUCCAAAUACACUCGGUGAAGUGCAUUCUCUUGAAGAGCUGGUUUUGGAUGAUAACCCCAUUUCUGAGAUAAAAUCUUUCCCUGAAAUUCCUACACUGAAAAUAUUGAAAAUGAAUUGGAUGCUCGCACUUCGUAAAAUUGCCAAUAACUCUUUAAGUGGUCUGAUCAACCUAGAAGAACUACAUUGUUCUCAUAACAGACUGUUGAGUAGUAUAUCAGAAAAUGCUUUGAUGCACAGACCUUUAGGAAACGAAGAAACGCCUACUUGGCCACCGCUACGUAAGCUUCUACUGCAUCACAACGAUCUGUCAUAUUUAGAUGUUAAUCUGCUAAGCAGAUGGGAUAAACUGGAAUAUAUUGAUAUUCAAAUGAACCCUUGGAUUUGCGACUGCAAUAAUCAAUGGAUGCUGACAACCUUGAUUCCAAGAAUAAAUCAAACUAACUCAUCUCUUCUGUUUGGAAUUGAAUGUAACAAACCAGUUGAAAUGGAAGGUCAAUUAUUAUAUCAACUUAGUGAAAGAAGUUCACACAUGAGAUGUCUGGAUUUGUAUGGCAAUCAACCUGACAGAGAUGAUGUUAUAUUAAUUGUUGUUGUAAUACUAGUUUUUGCUAUAAUGCCAAUUGUAAUGGCAUUUAUAGUGUUUGUGCUAUAUAAAAAUGUAAAAAACAAUUAUCAUCAUACAUCAUACAAAAAUCUUCAAAAUUCUUAA